AUGGAGGGAGCAAGCAAGGAGACAGGAGGGAGGAAGGCAAGGCGAGAACAAGGAAGGAAAGGAGGUAGACAUGAAGGGAAGGAGAUAGGGAAUGAAGAGAGUAAACGGGAGACAGGAAUAGUUGGAGAAAGGGAAGGAGGUAUAGAGGCAAGGGGUAUAGGGAGGGAGCAAGGGGGAGUCAGGAAGAGUUGGAGAAAAGGAAGGAGGUAUAGAGGCAAGGGUAUAGGGAGGGAGCAAGAGGGAGGCAGGCAAGGAGGGAGGAAGGAAAGGAGGGAGGAAGGAAAGGAGGGAGACAUGGAGACAUGA